AACGAGGGGGGUAGGCGGGGGGAGAGUGGGAAAAGUUCUGGCCUACGCGGUGUUCUCCCACUACAGUUUCACUCGGUGACCUACAGACACACACACAAAAAUGGAGAGGACACAGAUAAAGAAGGAGCAAGAUAAGGGGAAGAUGGAGGAGGAGGCGGUGCGCCUUCGGAGGGAGAUUGGGCUGCUGCCUGCUGUGUCCUUCAUCAUCGGGACGGUGGUUGGCAGUGGGAUCUUUAUCGCUCCGAAGGGAGUGUUGAUGAACAGUGGCAGCGUGGGGCUGUCUCUGCUGGUGUGGGCGCUCUGUGGCAUCCUGUCCCUGUUUGGGGCCUUGUGUUAUGCUGAACUAGGAACCACUUUCACAAAAUCCGGGGGUCACUACACUUAUCUCCUAGAGACUCUGGGGCCCCUGCCGGCCUUCUUAAGACUCUGGGUUGAGUUCCUCUUUAUAAGACCAGCUGUGGCGUCCUACGUCUCUCUGGCUUUUGGACGUUACGUUGUUGAACCUUUAUUUGCACCUUGUCCUGCUCCUUCAGCGCUAAUCAAACUCGUCAGUAUCCUCGGAGUGACAUUUGUUGUUGCAGUUAACUGCUGGAGCGUCAGCAUGGCCUCGCGGACUCAGGUCACCUUGACCUUCAUUAAGAUGUUUGCGCUGGUACUCAUAAUUAUUCCUGGGGUCAUAGCUCUAGCGAAAGGAAAGACAGAAAAUUUCCAGAAUGGAUUUGAGUUGGAGUCCAUAACUCUGGACAGGCUGCCACUGGCUUUCUAUAACGGUUUAUAUGCAUAUGGUGGAUGGUUUUAUCUGAACUUUGUCACAGAAGAAGUAAUAAAUCCAAAUAGGUAUUUUGCACAUUUGCCUCAGAUUGAGAUCAUUCUUUUGAGAGACUUGAAAAGUGAACGUUCACAUGUCCUGUGUGAACCAUAUGCUUCCAGAAACAUCCCUUUGGCAAUAAUCUGCUCCAUGGUGACGGUGACGGUGUUUUACGUGCUUGUAAACGUGGCCUACUACACCGUGAUGACGCCCGCUGAGCUGCUGCUGUCUGACGCAGUGGCUGUGACGUUUGCGAACCGUGCUCUGCAGGGCCUGGCCUCAGUGAUUCCCAUUCUGGUCGCUCUCUCUUGCCUUGGAGCUCUCAAUGGCGGCUUCUUCGGGUCGCCCAGGUAUUAUGAGAGCAGAAGCUGGCUGUUCUUAAUGUUUUCUGUGCAGUUCUGGACCUAUGAGAUUUGCGGUUGCAGGAUGCUGUUUGUGGGCGCCAGAGAAGGCCACUGGCCACCGAUCUUUUCCAUGAUUCAUGUCCGACAACGCACACCGUUACCUGCUGUGCUCCUCCUGUAUCCAUUGGUGGUGGUGAUGUUAAUCACUGGGGAAAUCUACCAGCUCAUCAACUUUGCCUCCUUUUCACGCUGGUUCUUCAUCGCCCUGGCAACCUUGGGCAUGCUCGUCCAUCGAUACCGCUUCCCCCACCACCCAAGACCCUUCAAGGUCCCUUUGGUCAUUGCGGUCAUCUUCACAGUGGUUUGCUUCUUCAUUGUGGGUCUCUCGCUUUAUUCGGACCCCUGGAACACGGGGCGGAGCUGUGCCCUCACUCUAACAGGAGUUCCAGUUUACUUCGUGACUGUCCAUCGCUUUCGGGUGCCACAUAGAUUAACGCACACUUUCAAUUAUUGCAGCAAGCAGCUGCAGAUCCUACUGGAAGUGGCUCAACAAGAAGUCCAGACAUACUGAAGACAGUUAAGACAUUUAAGUUUCCACUGACAAUCUUUGUGAAUUACACCUUUCUUAGAGAGUCCAAACUAACUAACUAAAAUACUUCUUUUUGUACAAGAAAACAUUAAAAAGAAUAUUUGUAACAGAUGUAUAUGCAUUUGUCUGCUGAUUUACCAAGAACAUUGAAAAAAGCAUCAACAACCCCUACGACGUCUUAAAAAAAUGUUCAUGCUGAAAUCAAAAAUUUGCAAAUUUUUACAAGCAAGGUAAGCCAAACAAAAACCUUUGCUGACCUUAGAAUUAGUAAUAAAACACAUGGAGUAGCUUUUUAAAAAACAUCUUGCCCAAGAUGGCAA